AUGGUAACCUGGGAAGCGUCUCCCUAUUGGUCAUCUUACGUUACCCUUCGUAGGGAUGUUGGCGUAGGACGAGCCCACUUCGAAAAACAACCCCCCUCGAACCUGAGGAAAUCGAAUUUCUUCCACUUCGUGAUCGCCCUCUACGACCGAGCUGGACAGCCCAUCGAGAUAGAGAGGACCGCUUUCAUUGGCUUCAUCGAGAAAGAUCAAAGGCUUCCUGAUAGAUUGCUCCGGGCUACGUGUCCCGCCUAUCUUAUCAUGAGAUAUCGAUUGACCAGUUUCCGCUUGUGUAGAAGUAGAUUUGGAGUGAGGGAAGAUCCUUGCAAGUCGCGACUGAAUAAGACGGGGAGGAUCCGGGGGAGGGGAAGGGAGGAAAAGCCGACGACAAUAAAGAGGAAGAAUGAAUGUAAAUCUAAAGAGGGGAGAACUUGGCGGGGUAAAUUGUUUGCUCGCUGGCGUAAAUAUACAGGCUGA